AUGGAUUUAGGCGAUGUGAUGUCCUCAAUGCAAAAUUACGGACCACCACACUCAAAGCUUUUGCUACUACCACGCCUGCUAAUUCACCGAAAUAUGUAUGUGAAUUUUGUUCUACGGACACGUCGUUCUCUCUCGCGUUUGAGAGAACGACAAAAAUGCACGAACGCAGAAAAGAUCACACCAAUCGCCAAGCUUGUGGCCAAAGGAGUUUCCAAUUUCUGUUAUGCCACUCCCCAUUCACUCAAAGUGGUGAUUGCGCCCUCCUUGGUUCAGCUGGUCACUGCACCAUAA